AUGCUCACAGCCAAGGCCAGCAGAGUCCAACAGCACACCUUCACCUGGCUCUCCAAGCCCUGCUUCGCUCCAAAGUCUUUGUCUCUUAAUAACGCCGUCUCUUUCUCUUUUUGUUUUCUUUCAGUUGAUGCUGAUGAGAUCAAGAGGCUAGGAAAGAGAUUUAAGAAACUGGACCUGGAUAACUCCGGGUCCCUGAGCGUGGAGGAGUUUAUGUCCUUACCGGAGCUCCAGCAGAAUCCCCUCGUGCAGCGAGUCAUCGACAUAUUCGACACAGACGGGAACGGAGAAGUGGACUUCAAAGAGUUUAUUGAAGGCGUCUCCCAGUUCAGCGUCAAAGGUGAUAAGGAGCAGAAGUUGCGCUUUGCCUUCAGGAUCUACGACAUGGACAAAGACGGCUACAUCUCCAACGGGGAGCUCUUCCAGGUCCUCAAGAUGAUGGUGGGCAACAACCUGAAGGACUCCCAGCUCCAACAGAUCGUCGACAAAACCAUCAUCAACGCAGACAAAGACGGAGACGGCAGGAUAUCCUUCGAGGAGUUCUGUGCGGUGGUGGGUGGAUUAGACAUUCACAAAAAGAUGGUGGUGGACGUGUGACAACACCUCCUGCUCUCGCUGCGUUUACUGAAGUUCUGCUUGAAGACGUCGUCCAGCUUAACACUCUGUUUGUUUUCAA